GCUACUGUAGCCAUUGUGAUCAAACGCGACGAUGGAGCUAAGUCUUACUCGAGUUGAUUAUGCUCACGUUUCUCUCACACAUCGGGGUACUAUGCGCCUUUUACCCGAAGAUGGAGAGAAGAACCAGCAGAAGGUGGCGAUAGGCGAUUCCAAUGGAGUGCUCCAAGUCUUCGGUAUGAAGAGGACCGAACCCGUGCUUCUUUUUAAGACCAUUCCAGGUGAUAAAAUAAGGUGCUUGGAACUAGCGGGGGCCCCUGGCGCCUUGCAGGAUAAGAUUUUUAUCUCAGCUGGAUCGACCGUGAGAGCAUAUACAAAAAAGGGAAAGCAGUUCCUUGGGUUUGAUACAAAUUUUUCCGAAGACAUUCGAGUGAUGAAAGUCGUUGGAACCCACCUGUUGGUUGGGGCAAACUAUGUCUACACCCAGUACGAUGAUUGUGUGGAAACUAAUCAUUACCUGGCAAAGGAUGAGAUCCUCGACAUCGUCUGUCUACCUCUUGAGAAGACUGAAGGUUUACGGCCUGUGCUGGCGUGUGCAGACAGAACCUUGCGUGUUUUGAAAGGUUCAAAUCUCCUCUACGAGGUUGGUUUGGAAGGACGGCCCACCUGCCUUACAUUAGCUGGAGGAGACGGAGGAGAUUCUGGAGAAAAUGUCCUGUAUGGCACUCAGGAAGGUCACAUCGGAAUGGUCUCUAUCAACAAGCAAUGUGCGAUCCUGCAAUGGACGAUAUGGGAUGAAAAUCAUUAUGGGAGUGUGAAUUGCAUGGAUCAUUACGACUUGACGGGGGAUGGAGUGAAGGAACUCAUCGUGGGUCGAGAUGAUGGAAGCAUUGAAGUCUACUCGUACGAGGAGGGAGAAAAACCUGUCCUCAAGUGCUCUCAUAUGGCAGGGGAAAGCAUUACGUCAGUCCAAGGUGGAGUGAUUGGCAGCACCGAAGGCUACCGAGAAAUUGUGGCGGCUACUUUCUCAGGCAAAGUUUUUGGAUUGAGCACGUGCUCGCCGAAUCUACUAUACUCACGCAUGUCUGGCGAUUCGAACGAGAUGGAGAAACACAUCACUGCCCUGCGAGCAGAACUGGAGGACUUGCAAGCCAAAGUGGCAAGAGAAAGAGAGAAGUAUCAACAGGCGACUCAAAGCACUACAAGCGGCAUCUCUGCCGUCCCUUUCUUCUCCAUCCAUGAUAAGAUGAUCCUAAAUAAGGAUGAAGCUUCUUACAUCCUGAGUUUAGAAGUGGAAACCCCGAUCGAAAUCGUUCUCCUGCAAAGUGACAUCCCAGUAGACAUCUUGGAUGUGGAGAAGAAUUCUGCUGUCGUCAGCUUCUCUCACUGUGAUCCUGAGAGUGGGAAUUACAUGCUAGCGACGUACAGAUGCCAAGCGAAUACAACGCGACUGGAAGUGAAGAUUCGCAGCAUCGAAGGCCAAUAUGGAAGCAUCAAAGCCUAUGUGAUACCCAGGCUUCAACCGAAAACGUCUCAGGUCCGGGAAUACCAGAUCAAGCCUUUAUCCCUGCAUACCCGAAUUCACGAAUUCGAUCAGAAUCGGCCUUAUAACGUGCUGAGACUGAAAGGAGACUUCAGCUUUGCCAUGGUACAUUCCUGGGUGGCAUUCUGUCUCCCCGAGGUGCCUCAACGAACCCCUGCCGCCGAUGAAAUCGUCUAUAUUUUUACCUCCACUUUCCUGGACACCAUGCUCGAAUGCCGCUUAAAGGAACACGAGGCUCAAUUCAAGUCAGACAACGUCUCGACCAUCUCCAUUUUGAAGGACGUCAUCAGUAAAGAGGCCACCAAGAACAAAACUAAGUUGGACAUAGCUUGUGAUGUAUGCGAGGAGAGCGUGUCUCACACGCUGCAUCUCUUGCAUCCCAAGUUGGAGGAGCACCUGAUCCUGGCGAAAAAGGUUCAACUCAUCGACGGACUCCGGGAGGUAGUGAUGAACGAAGGCUCGCACGAUUCCCUCUCUCCCGAAUACCAGGACAUCUUAGCUCAUGCCGACGAACUCCUUGCUCUCUUUCACAAGCAGCCAUGCUAUCUCGAACGCCUUUACGGCAUGAUCACAGACCUAUACAUUGACAAAUUCAAAUUUCAAGGAAUCAAUGUGAAAGGUCGUGUCCCUCAACUACUGGAAAUCCUCGACAACUACAACCUGGACCGACUAGUCAGCUUCUUCCAUCAGGAUGAUUGAGAAGGAAGACGACGGUAUCAAAUUAAAUCCUGUUCCGUUCCUGCGCAGAUUCACCCUGAAUUACGCAUUUAGAUCUUCGAUUACUAAGAUUCCUGGAAUUUCUAGAAGAGGUUAACGAACGAGGGUGCGCUUCAUCCUUCACGUGUACGUCCUACACAAACUGCGUCUUUUCUAAGUGCCCUAACACGUGAUAGUUCAAGAUCCUCCUACGCAUUAGCAAACUGGAUGGACUAAAAAAAAUGUAGAAUGAAAAGAAUAUAAAUGCCAUCAUUGAAAAAUAAUUGAAACCUACCCAUCGUCACAUCUCAAGCGUCUUUGAAUUUCAAAGAACAAUGUGCCCAAUGGACGAAUGCAUCAACAACUUUUAUUCUUUUAUUCUAUGAGUAAAAAAUCCCAGAUCGCCACCACAAACACCUUAUGUGCAUACCUGCAACCGAUGCGGCAGGAGUGUAUCAUCUGCCUCUUAUUUGAUAUGAUGAUAUAAG